AUGGCUGACCUAAUUACAACCGCUGCUGCUCUCGUUCUGUCUGCAAUCUUGGUCUUCUUGUUCAAUAAUCGGCAGAAAUCCAGAAAUAGCAAACCAAUUAAACUGCCACCUGGCCCCAGAAAACUUCCUAUAAUCGGAAAUCUGCACCAAAUUAGCAAUCCUCCCUUCCCGUGUUUUAGAGAUCUAUCCAAUCAGUACGGCCCCUUAAUGCACCUGAAGCUCGGCGAGAACACCGUCGUGGUUGUCUCGUCGCCUGAUUUGGCGAAAAAAAUGCUUAAAGAUCUCGACCCCGUGUUUGCCGAUCGGCGGCAGCGCGCGUUCUCCGAUAUCAUGACAUACGGCUCGAGCGACAUCGCGUUCGGCCCCUACGGCGGCUACUGGCGCCAGAUGAGGAAGCUCUGCAUCAACGAACUUUUGAGCCCUAAAAUGGUGCACUUGUUCCAAUCCAUCCGAAGCGACGAGACGUCACGGUUGAUCCGUUCCUUGCGGGAAUCUUCUGGAAGGAUCGUGAAUUUGACGGAGAAGAUCUUCUUCCACUCGAGCUCCAUCACUUGCCGGGCUGCGUAUGGCAGCGUCAUUAAGGAUAACGAGGCGUUUGUGAAUCUGACGGCUGAAGCGACUGCGAUGGCCUCGGGCUUUGAGAUCGCAGACCUGUUUCCGUCGUCGCGAAUCGUCAGCGCGAUGAGCUGGACGAAGCGGCGGCUUAAGGCUAUGCGGCGCAAGCUCGAUGUGAUUCUGGAUGAUGUGAUCGACCGGCAUAAGAGAAAUCGGGUGGAGAACGGAUCGGGAAAUUCGGAGUUUGGGAGUGAGGAUAUGGUUGAUGUGUUUCUUAGGGUUAAGGAAGAAGGGCAGCUGCAGUUUCCAAUCGACAACGACAACAUCAAGGCUGUGUUGUAUGAUAUUUUCGUUGCUGGAACUGAUACUUCAGCGGGAACUAUUGACUGGACCAUGACAGAACUGUUGAGGCACCCUCAAGUGAUGGCGAAGGCACAGGCUGAAGUAAGACAAGCCUUGAAAGGAAACAGUAGUGUACAAGGCAACAUUGUGCAUAAUCUGAAAUAUCUAAAACUAGUGAUCAAAGAGACUAUGAGGCUGCACCCUGCGUUUCCGAUGGUAUCUAGAGCUUCCAAGGAGGAGCAAAUGAUCAAUGGAUACACCAUACCUGCUGGAGAAUGGGUGAUUGUAAAUAUCUGGGGAAUGCAUAGGGACCCGGGGUACUGGAAAGACCCAGAGAUGUUUAAGCCCGAGAGAUUCCAAGAUCAAUCUUUGGAUUUUGUAGAUGGUGAUUGUCAUUUUCUGCCGUUUGGGGCUGGCAAAAGAAUGUGCCCUGGGAUAGCGUUCGGUUUGGCUAACGUCGAGUUUACUUUAUCCCAGUUGCUCUACAACUUCGAUUGGGGACUUCCAGAAGGUGUGAGGAGUGAGGAUUUGGACAUGACUGAAAAUGUUGGGCUAACAUCCACAAGAAAACACGAUUUAUCUGUGGUCGUCACUCCAUAUAAUUAGCUAAUAUAUACUGUUAAUGAAGUAGAUGCUAUUAUCCAGAAUAACUUUUAGAUCCCCAACGACUCUAUAACCUGAGCCAAAACGCUUCAUAAUCAAUGUAAUGUGUCAA